AUGGUGGAGCUCCUCUCCUUGUUGGCCAUCCCUGUGAUCUUGAAAGCCACACAUGCUGUGUACUUGGCCUACAAGUUCUUCUUCCGAGCCGGAAAGGACCUCAAGAAGUAUGGAGAGUGGGCAGUUGUGACUGGAGCCACAGAUGGUAUUGGCAAAGCCUAUGCUUUCGAGCUCGCUUCUCAAGGGCUCAAGGUGCUGCUGGUGGCGCGCAGCGAGGAGAAGCUUGCAGACACAGCGAAGGAGCUGAAAAGUGUUUGCUCAGGUGCGACUGUGGACGUGCUGCAGGUCGACUUUUCCAAGUUCGAUGCCUCGGCUCGAGCCAUGGUGAAAUCCAAGCUGGCCCCGCUUGACAUCGGAAUUCUCAUCAACAAUGUCGGGAUGUCCUACCCUUUCACGAAAUACUUCCACGAGCUGAAAGACUCUGAAGUUGCGGACAUCAUGCAGGUCAACAUGGACUCAAUGACGUGGAUGACUCGCAUUGUCCUUGGAGAGAUUGACGAGGACCUAAAGCCCAAGAGCGGGAUGCUUUUGCGCAAACGUGGCGCCAUCGUCAACACCUCCUCUGGAGCGGCUCGGAUGACAUCGCCACUGCUGGCAGAGUAUUCUGCAGCCAAGGCAUAUGUGGAAAAGUUUUCGCAAGGUCUCGCCGCUGAGUUGGCGCCAAAGGGCAUCGAUGUGCAGGCACAAACACCGCUGUUUGUCACGACGAAGAUGGCCAAGAUCAGGAAGGCCUCUAUGACAGUGCCAACGCCGGAGGACUAUGUGAAGUGUGCUGCACGUCAGAUUGGGUAUGAUCCCGCGAUCUCACCAUGGUGGGCUCACUCGUUGCAACUGUGGGUGUUGUCGUGGCUUCCAGAGUCUGUGGCCAUCUACCUGGUCGACUGGCAGCACCAGGAUAUCCGAAAGAGAGGCAUCAAGAAGGAGAAAGAGAAGUCCGAGCAGGCAAAGAAGGGUCAAAAUCCGCUGUUUGCGGUCCACUGGGCUCCCAAGAUCGACAUCCAGACCCUGAACCCGUACCCAUCGGUCAAGGAGAACCUGAAGCUCUGUCCAGCUUACAACGAGAAGUCUUCGUGCUGCCACGAGACCUUCGAGACCGAGCAGCUCAAGUUCUACAAUAUAUGGGAGAGCUUGUUCCAAGAGAAGCUGCUUCGGAUGGAUGACCACCGGCAGGCGGUGCGUCGAGCUGCCAGCUACCUCACCCCGAAACGUGACUCCUACGAUGUCGACCUCGCACAGUACCGUGUUGUCAUGGAGCACUACAGCAACGUGUUGCACAGUGUUUCCAAGAAUCGUUGCUUUGCAGGACUGCUGACGUACGUGGCUGGCAUGAUCUGCUUCAGCUGCAACAUCACCUGGUUCCAGUAUCUGGUGCUUGAUGACUCGGUGAACCAUCCGGUGGACAGCGUCUUGCGUGUUCGCAUGGCCCCGGCUGUGUGUCUGGACUUAUGGGCCUUGUGCCACUCCUUUGGCCGAGAGGUGAAAGCCCUGAAGGAAGCUAUCAGGGACUCCAUCAUCGCUCGCAAUGCGACUCUUUCCGAGGAGAAUAUGGACCUUUUCCUUGAUGCACAAGCACUCUGUGACUGGAUGCACGACGAGGUAGCCUUGCAUCCAUUUCGAGUCAGAGGUCACGAGGAUGCUGAUCUGCCGACGCCGGGAGGCAUCCGGAAGGUGGCACAUGCGAGACGCUUAGAAAAAAUGAAGUAUGACUUGGACGUGAUGUUGGAGGGCCAAGCGACCAACUUCAACCGCACAUGGCAGGACCCACCUCUGCUUUCCAGUCGAGGCCAAGGACAUGCACGAUUCCGGAGGCUGUGGUGCGGAAGGUACACACUUUCGGAGCACGCGCUCAAAAGCUGGGCGCUUGUCACAGUAAUGGUAUGCAGCAGCUCUGGUGGUGGAUGCGAAACAUUGGGACAAGGUCGUCCAUAUUAG